AUGUUGGCUACGGGGUCUCGGGACACCUCAGUUCGUGAGGCCAAAGUCUUCGUCAAGGAAGUCGUACGAAACGACUGGGAUUUCGAGGCCGGCGUUCCUUCCCCGUCGUCCGCCGACGGCACCCUUUGCCACAACCGUGAAGUGUGCGAAUGGCGAGUCCGAGAAUUCGACACCCCGACCUCGGAACUCGAGCCACAGAGCUCAGAUAGCGAACAAGAAUAUGAACCGUCAGCUCUCGCCCCUGGAGAUGCGGGCAUCGAGCGGCGUCGCAAACGCCGUCGACAAAUAGAUGAUGAAAUGGCAUGGAACGAAGGGCUGCGCGUAUGGAUGGCCAGACGCGAUGCAUGGUGUGGCGCGAAGACCCGGCGGCAGAUUCGGGCUGAGGAGGCAAAGCGCGCGUUGGCUGCUGCGCAGACGGAGACAACAGAUCAGUCUGAUGGCGUCAACCUGGGAGAAAAUGAUGCGACUUCGUCUGGUUCAUCCCAAUCUGCAGUGCCAUCUGGCCGGGGCAGCGAGGGUAUUGGCGCGUCUGAUUUGGCAGUCCGGACCGAGACGUCACUUUCCAUCGCGGAUCGGGAAAAAAGCGAGGAGCUCCAGAAUCGAGUGGAUAUGACUUCGGGACAGCAAGAGGAUCAGGAGGAAGGAUUGUCGACCGCGCCAGAUGAGGGAGCUAAACGGAAGGCCUCGUCAGAGACCAACAUCACAGAGCCGGAUCAGAAAGUUGCCGCAAACGUGCCUGCACAACUUACAUCCUUCCCGGCUGUGGAAGACCAAACAGAAGAGGAGAAAGUGGAAGAAGAGCUUGAUGAACCACUUUGCCCCGUUGCCCCGCCUUUCAUUUCAAACGAUAACCCAGUACGCGCAAGCAUCAAUCCCGCAAUCUACCCUUCAAUCUACACCAAGGUCGUUGUGCAAGGCAUGACCCCCACCGUCCCCGUCAACCUCGCCCAUUUAACCAAAGCCAUGGUUCAGGGCUGGAAAGCAGACGGGCAGUGGCCGCCAAAGCCAGCCGUGACAUCGAUCGUCCUUGCUGAUGAUGCCUCUGUGCCCAAGAAAAUCACAGAUCGCUCCGAGGAGGCGCCGCAGGGCAGGAGAAAGAAUAGCAUUACCAAUGCUGUGAAGAAAGUCUUCCAUUUCGGAUCGCAUCCCUUCCAUCGCCGCGGUAGCCAGGACACCGGGAAUGGAGCCGGUGCCGGGGGCCCGACGGCUUAA